AAUGGUUCGAAAAAGACGAAGAGGACGAAGAUGAUUUAAGAUGACCCAAUGAAAACAAAAACAUCACUUACUUAACAACCUCCGACUCGGAAUAUCUCGAACGCGCACUAGCCAAUACAAGCGACGGCGUAUACGCGCAAGAAAUCCAUCUCCUCCUUCUCAAAAGACAAUCAGCAGCAGAGAUCGAGCAGAAUCUUCGCUGGGCGCAGGAUAUCAUCGAGGCGGAUAUCAAGGGACGGUGGAUCGUGCAGCGGGAGAUUCUCAUUAAAGGGAAGGUUCAGAGUCUAUGUAUUGAAUUAAUGGUGCUAGGCAUGGAUGGGGAUCCUGAUUUUGGUGACUGCGAGGCCGAAGGAAAGGAUGACGAGGUGAGCAAAAAAGAAGACCAGAUUGUUGCGCAAAGCCGAAUUUCAGUGUCUGAAUGAUGACUACUGGCGACACAAACAGCAUCUCUGGCGUCUGGAGGCAAAUACACCCCUGGGAGCAGUGGGACGAGCAUAUAAAGCGUGCAGACAGAAGCCAAAUUGGUACCUUCCUGAAUGGCUGCGCCGGGAUUGUGCUGGGAGGGGUGGGUGCUGUGGACGCAAAUAUGGGUGUUGUGAGAAAACCCGGGAAACAGCGGGAGUGGAGUUAUGGACACUGUACCAGUGCAUGCUGGUGUUGUAUUCAGAGUAAAGAGUGCUCCACCCAGGACAACAUGACAGUGGAGGAUGAUCUGAAGGUUGUGCCAUUUGAUCUUGUUGCUUACAAGACUCCGUAUGAUGUGCGGGUGUUUCGUGGAUAUAUCUGGGGCAGGGGCUGAGACUGUUUGGAAAGUAAUGGUGUCUAGUAAUUAGCUUGCAUCUGAUUUCCGUUAACUGGUUUCUCCUGGUAAUCGGUAUUGUU